GAAAAAUUACAGACAGGUUGGAUGCUCUGAAUUUUUGUCAAGCUAUAACAAUGUUAUGGGCUAUUAUUACUGUGGCAAUUUUAAUAUUGAUAAUAUGGAAGGGUUACCUGCAACCUUACAGUUAUUGGAAAAAAAUGGGCGUACCCCAAACAAACCCCAUAAUACUACUGGGAGAUGCUUGGCCCCUCUUUUUGGGAUAUAAAAACCCCAUCGAAUGGAUGUAUUGGAUUUAUAAUUUGUAUCCUGACAAAAAAUUAAUAGGAAUAUACCAAUUCUAUAUGCCUUUCUUGCUACUCAAAGAUCCAGAUUUAUUCAAACAAAUUGCCGUUAAGGAUUUUGAUUAUUUCACAGAUCACAAAGGUCUUAGUGUUUCUGAAGACGUUGAUCCCCUAUGGGGCAAAAAUUUGUUUUCUUUGAAAGGUCAAAGAUGGAGAGAAAUGCGUUCGUUAUUGUCAGGCUCGUUUACUAGCAGCAAAAUGAGAAUAAUGUACACUUUAAUUGCUGAGGAAUCUAAAAAAUUUGCUAAUCAUUUUGAAAAGAAAAAAGAAGUCUUCAUGGAUGUAGAGUUAAAAGAUAUAUUUACAAGAUAUACAAAUGAUGUCAUUGCGUCAACAUCUUUUGGAAUAAAAGUCGACUCUCUAGAAAAUCCAAGUAAUGAAUUCUUCCAAAUGGGAACAGAAGUUACGAGUUUAUCUGGUUUUUUAUUUUUCAUGAAAUUCAUGGGACUCACACUUGUCCCUAAACUUUUCAAGCUAUUUAAUAUAGGUCUUCUUCCUAAAAAAGCCAGCAAAUAUUUUGAAACCACCAUAAACGAAACAAUAAAAAUAAGAGAAGAACAACAAAUAAAACGUCCGGAUAUGAUCAAUUUGCUGUUAGAAAUUAAAAAGGGAAUAAAUAAUAGAGAGGAAGCUGAUGUAUCAGAUAGUGGAUUUGCUGUUGUACAGGAAUUUUCUGAAAUAGUGAAAUCAAACAAAAAACAAGUUGAAAUCACAAACUUGGACAUCACUUCUCAAGCCCUAAUAUUUUUCUUGGCCGGAUUCGAUACGGUAUCAUAUGGAAUGUGUUACACUUGCUAUGAAUUGGCACUUAAUCCGAAAGUUCAAGAUACACUGAGGCAGGAAAUAACCAGUUUUUAUACACAGACUAAAGGAAAGCCUUCUUAUGAAGACAUUUUGGGAAUGAAGUAUUUAGACAUGGUAAUUUCAGAAUCCCUAAGAAAGUGGCCUCCAGCUCCUGCAACUGACAGAAUAUGCACAAAACCUUACACUUUAAAUUCUGAUACUGAUAUACAUUUAAACAAGGGCGAUACCAUUUUGAUACCAAUAUACAGUAUCCAUCAUGACCCCAACUACUAUCCAGAUCCAGAGAAAUUUAUUCCAGAACGAUUUUCGGAAGAAAAUAAAGAUAAAAUCAAUCCAUAUACGUAUAUGCCUUUUGGUAUUGGACCUAGGGCUUGUAUAGGAUCUAGAUUUGCUUUAUUAGAAAUAAAAUCGGUCCUUUUCCAUUUUCUACAUAAAUUUGAAAUAGUGCCGACCAAAAAAACUCAAAUUCCUCUAAAAUUCAACAAAAUUGCUAUGAAUUUGAAACCUCAAACGGGGUUCGAGCUUGGAUUAAAACGAAUUUCAGUCUAAUUUAUGUUAUAUGUAUAUUAAUAAUAAUCACAAGAAAAAAAUACAAGUAGAAAGGCAAAAAUCAAUGAACUCUCAGUUAAAAAUAAUAUGAUGCUUAAUUUAAUUUUUCAGAGUAAAAAAAUAAAGUUUUAUUUAAUAACAA